AUGUCCUCGUCGCCGGACGACGCUGACGAUGCCGGGCCUGGCUUCCGCAAUGCCGGCUAUCAGCCUGACUCCGCCCACAAGGACCCGUUUGGCGACGAUGACGACGAGACUUCAGAGGUCACAGAGCGUCCCGUCCGUCGCCACGACCGGCGCUCAUCCGACCGGGGUUUGGCGCUGGCCGUGGUCCUGCUGCUGAGCGGUGUAGCCUUGGUGCUGGUGGCCUAUGCCAUCCCGCGGGAGGCUCGUGUGGACCGGGACGCUGUCUCAGCCCGCCAGAUGGAGCGUCUGGAGCUUUACUAUGCCCGGCUGGGAUCGCAUUUGGACCGCUGCAUCAUCGCCGGGCUGGGCCUGCUCACCCUGGGCGGGAUGUUCCUCUCAGUGCUCCUCGUGGCGUCCGUCUGCCGGGGCGGGGUCGCCUCAUCCCACCGCGCGCCCUUCCUUGGCCCCAGAAGGACAUACGGGUCCGUUGGGAUGAGGAUGAAGCAGCUCGCCAGCGGCGAUGAGGAACCACCGGCGCCGCUGGAUGAGUGA